CGCCGCCGCCUCGAUCGCAUCGAUGGACUCCGGCGGCGGGGCGAUGAGGCCCUCGGCCCUGGACCUGCUGGCGGCGCUGCUCACCGGCCGGGGCCCGGAGGAUGGGGCGGGGGCGGGGUGGUCGCUCGCCGAGAACCGCCAGCUGCUCGUGCUGCUCACCACCUCCCUCGCCGUCCUCGUCGGCUGCGGCGUCGCGCUGCUCGUCCGCCGCUCCGCCGCGUCGCCGCCGGCCGCCAAGGAGCAGCCGCGGCCCCUCGCCCCCGCGAAGAAGCAGGCAGACGAGCCUGACCCCCACGACGGCCGCCAGAGGGUCGCCGUCUUCUUCGGCACGCAGACUGGCACCGCCGAGGGCUUCGCCAAGGCGCUUGCGGAGGAGGCCAAGGCGCGCUACGACAAGGCCGUCUUCAAGGUGCUCGAUCUGGAUGAGUAUGCUGCGGAGGAUGAGGAUUUUGAACACAAACUUAAGAAGGAGAACAUCGCCCUGUUCUUCCUGGCAACGUAUGGAGAUGGGGAGCCAACGGAUAAUGCGGCGAGGUUCUAUAAAUGGUUUGCGGAGGGGAAUGAGAGAGGCGAGUGGUUGAGUAAUCUUCGGUUUGGGGUCUUUGGCCUUGGAAAUAGGCAGUACGAGCAUUUUAACAAGGUUGGAAAGGUGGUUGACCAACUCCUCGCUGAACAAGGUGGAAAACGCAUUGUUCCUCUUGGUCUUGGAGAUGAUGAUCAAUGCAUUGAGGAUGACUUCAAUGCAUGGAAGGAACUUCUGUGGCCAGAAUUGGAUAAAUUGCUGCGUGUUGAAGAUAAUACAUCGCCAGCACCAACUCAUUACACAGCUGCUAUUCCUGAAUAUAGAGUUGUAUUGGUUGAACCAGAGGAAGCCAUGCAUAUGAACAAAACUUUUAGUCUCAGUAAUGGUCAUGCUGUAUAUGACAUUCAGCAUCCUUGCAGAGCAAAUGUGGCUGUGCGGCGGGAGCUUCAUACGCCAGCUUCUGACCGGUCUUGCAUUCAUUUAGAGUUUGAUAUUGCAGGGACUAGUCUUAUAUAUGGGACUGGGGAUCAUGUCGGUGUAUAUGCUGAAAACUGCACAGAGACUGUAGAGGAGGCAGAAAAUCUGUUAGGUUAUUCACCAGAUACCUUAUUCUCAAUUUAUUCUGACCAAGAGGAUGGCACUCCACUUUUCGGGGGUUCUUUGCCAUCUCCUUUCCCUUCUCCUUGUACUGUGAGGACUGCACUAGGCAGAUAUGCUGACCUUCUGAGUUCUCCUAAGAAGAGUGCUUUAAUUGCUUUGGCUGCCCAUGCAUCUGAUCCCAAAGAGGCUGAGAGGCUAAGACACCUAGCAUCCCCUGCUGGAAAGAAGGAGUAUUCUCAAUGGAUAGUUUCUAGUCAACGAAGUCUCUUGGAAGUUUUGUCAGAGUUCCCAUCAGCAAAGCCUCCACUUGGUGUCUUCUUUGCAGCUAUUGCUCCGCGACUGCAGCCGAGAUACUACUCGAUUUCUUCCUCACCGAGGAUGGCUCCGACAAGAAUUCAUGUAACAUGUGCACUAGUGUAUGGGCCAACCCCUACUGGAAGGAUCCAUAAAGGAGUUUGUUCUACUUGGAUGAAGAACUCAACUCCCUUGGAAGAGAGCCAAGAAUGUAGCUCGGCACCGAUUUUUGUGAGGCAGUCAAACUUCAAACUGCCCACUGAUCCUACUGUGCCUAUUGUAAUGAUAGGCCCUGGAACUGGUCUUGCACCUUUUAGGGGCUUCUUACAGGAAAGACUAGCUCUAAAGGAAACUGGUGUAGAACUUGGCCAUGCCAUCCUAUUCUUUGGGUGCAGAAAUCGGAAGAUGGACUUCAUAUAUGAGGAUGAGCUCAACAAUUUUGUUGAUGCCGGUGCAUUGUCCAAGUUGAGUAUAGCCUUUUCUCGUGAGGGUCCUACAAAGGAGUAUGUUCAGCACAAAAUGACAGAGAAGGCUCCCGAGAUCUGGAGCAUCAUUUCUCAGGGUGGUUACAUUUAUGUCUGUGGUGACGCAAAGGGCAUGGCUAGAGAUGUACACCGCACACUACACACCAUCGUGCAGGAACAGGGUUCUUUGGAUAACUCUAACACAGAAAGCUACGUGAAGAGCUUGCAGAUGGAAGGGAGAUACUUGAGAGAUGUUUGGUGAUAAAGGUCUCGACCUCAGAAAUUCACUCGUGUUUCUGCCAAUAUGUAAUACUUCCAUAAAUACAAGAGCGUUCAUUAGGAGUUAGUGAAACGUCAAAAUUAUAUGUCAGAAAAUAGUCCCCGAUUGCAGUCUGUAGGAUUCAUCAGAUUUGUAUGAACUAUGAAGGAUAGGGGAUUACUUAAAUACAGGACUGCAGCCUAGCAAUUAAUUAAUUAAUUAUUUGCUCAAGAAAUCGGCAUUGCUGUGAUUUCUGAGAAUGAACCUAAAUAAUACAGGCAUUUGUUUGCCAUUUAUACC